AUUCGUAAAAGUCAGCAUGAGUGGAUCAGGAAAGGGUCUUCUCGGGGUGUGGCUGUACAGAAGAGGCGAGAGCUGGGCUAUCAAGGAAGGAAGUCCGCUGCAUAAAUCGCGCGAUAUUCCCGUGGAUGAAAAUAACUCGGCCAGCGACAACAAGAAUUCUGUGAUAUUUUCCCUGAAGAACCAAGUUGGCGGCUUGGCACGAGCGCUCCAAGUAUUUCAGGAUUUAGGUGUAAACGUCGUGCACAUCGAGUCGAGGAAAUCUCUGCGGCGCGGCUCCGAGUACGAGAUCCUCGUGGACGUGGAGUGCGACUCGAAGAGGAUGGAGCAGCUGAUGAAGAUGUUGAGCCGCGAAGUGGCAGCGAUCAACCUCGCCCAUUACGAGCAUAUUGGAAGUAUACCGCGCGCGCCUUCCCUUUCAGCCGCGACAAGCUUCGAUUUCAGCGAAGUAGAUAUGCCCUGGUUCCCGCGGAAAAUAUCGGACCUCGAUAGAGCGCAGAAGGUUCUCAUGUACGGUUCGGACCUGGACGCGGAUCAUCCCGUACGUUCUCCGCGAAGAUUUCGUGCAUGCUUAUUAUCGACCUUUCAUUGUCGUUUCCGUUGGCGUUCUCGCUUUAACCUCGCGGCCGCUCGGUUAUUUCAGGGCUUCAAGGAUCCGGUGUAUCGCAAACGUCGCGAGGAGUUCGCCGACAUCGCCUAUAAUUACAGGCACGGUCAGCCGAUCCCGAGAGUGCAGUACACGUCGGAAGAAAUCAGAACCUGGGGAACCGUCUUCCGCGAGUUGCACGAGCUCUAUCAAAAGUACGCGUGCAAGGAAUACUUGGAAAACUGGCCGAAGCUGGUCAAAUAUUGCGGAUAUAGAGAGGACAAUAUACCUCAACUGCAGGACGUGAACGCCUUCCUCAAACGAACAACGGGAUUUCAGCUUCGCCCGGUCGCAGGUUACCUCUCACCGCGGGAUUUCCUCGCCGGCCUCGCUUUUCGGGUGUUCCACUGCACCCAGUACAUCCGGCAUUCGUCCGAUCCGUUUUACACCCCGGAACCGGAUUGCUGCCAUGAAUUGCUGGGCCACAUGCCGCUGCUCGCGAAUCCGAACUUCGCGCAAUUCUCGCAGGAACUCGGGCUUGCUUCGCUCGGUGCAUCGGACGACGACAUAGACAAACUGGCGACCCUCUACUUCUUCACCGUGGAAUUCGGGCUGUGCAAGCAAGACGGUAUGCUUCGCGUUUAUGGCGCCGGUUUAUUAUCAUCGGUGGCGGAAUUGAGGCACGCGGUCACCGCUGCCGAAAAAACGAUGAGAUUCGAGCCGGACAUCACGUGCAAACAGGAAUGUAUCAUCACCGCGUUUCAAAAUGCGUAUUAUUACACGGACAGCAUAGAGGAAGCGAAGGAGAAAAUGCGGGCAUUCGCUAAUCAGAUUCAACGUCCUUUCGGGAUACGUUACAAUCCGUAUACCCAGUCGGUGGAGGUGCUGACGGACGCGCAGAAGAUCACGGCGGUGGUCAGCGAGCUGCGGGGCGAUCUUUGCAUAGUGUCGAACGCCCUGAGGAAGAUCCAUGAGCAGGACGACACCGUGGACGUCGAGAGAAUAACGAGCCUGCUGACUCAGGGGAUCGAAAUGCCGCAGGAAAGCUCGACUUCGGACAGCGAUGAAAGUCCCAACGCGGAGGAGCGUUCUCAGGAAGAGGGUAUCGAUCGCAACGAUGAGGAUGCAGUUGCGACGAAAAAUUAAGCGGCAUCACCCUCCCCUUCCCCCCUUCCCGCUGUUAUGAGCUAUCCGGCC